CCCCCGCCGCGGGAGCGUUCCCUCCGGUCUCCUAGCAACGGCGAUGGACCGCGAAGCGGAGGGUCGCGCUUACCUGGCGCAGCACAAAAUCCCGGAGCUUUUGCACAACCUGAGCGCCUUGCUGCUCUACCACCGGCCAGACAGACCAAGAGAGUUUUUGAUAAAGACACUGGAAAAGAUAAAGUAUGCAAAAAUUACUUCUACGGACUUUCCUUAUCUUAUGGACGAGUCAAACGUGGAUGCAAUGUUUGAAAUGCUAGACGUUGCGGGCCAAGGUUACAUAACCAUACCACAGUACAAAGGAGCACUUGAAUCUUUGGGAUUAAGUAUCCAGGAUGAAAUUUAUGAAGAAACUGACAUUAUGACAGCAGAGGAGUUCAGGGGGAAAGUGAUGAAAAAAUUUGCUGAAAUGUGGGGAGCAUUUUAAUCUUCAGUGUUCUGAUCUAAAGCUGCUUGACUUCAUAUUUUACUUUUGAGAAACUAGUAUUUCCACUAUAUAUAGUUGACUUUUCCUGGUGUAAUAACAACUGCACCAACACUAUAGCAAUUCUAGAAUUUGGCUUGUCAAAUAAAUACUGGGCUCAUUAUAGCCAAAAUUAA